AAUUGAGUUAUAUGGAAAGUUGUCGUGGUUGUAAACCGAUUUCAUUCAUUUUCCACACGUGUCAUCAGGGUGUCUAGAAAUUAUUAUAUACCGAAUUUCAUUGAAUUUGGUCGAGCAGUUCCUGAGGUAUGGGUUUUAAGCUAUAAGUGGGCAAAGCCACGCCCAUUUUCCAUUUUGUAAAAAAAAACUGAGUGCAGCUUCUUUCUGCUAUUUCUUCUCUAAAAUUUAGUGUUUCUGACGUUUUUCGUUAGUGAGUUAAAGCACUUUUAGUAAUUUUCAACAUAACGUUUGUGUGGGAGGUGAGCGUGGUUCUUAUUCGAUUUCUUUCAUUUUUGGACUGUAUAAGGAAAUGGCUAAAAGAAACGACUGCGAAAAGUUUGGUUUAUAUAGCUUUAUUGGUUUGCGAGUUAUAUACAAAAAACCUAUUUGGGGGCGGGGUCACGCCCACUUUUCAAAAACAAUUACAUCCAAAUGUGCCCUUCCCUAAUGCGAUCCUAUGUUCCAAAUUUUAUUUUCAUAACUUUAUUUAUGGCUAAGUUAUGACACUGUAUAAGUUUUUGGUUUUCGGUUUUCGCCAUUUUGUGGGUGUGGCAGUGGAUCGAUUUUGCCCAUCUUCGAAAGCAACCUCCUCAGGGUGCCAAGGAAUAUGUGUUCCAAGUUUCAUUAAGAUAUCUUAAUUUUUACUCAAGUUAUUGCUUGCACGGACAGACGGACAGACGAACGGACAGACAUCCGGAUUUCGACUCCACUCGUCAUCCUGAUCAUUUAUAUAUAUAUAACCCGUGACGUCGUUUAUUUCUUGGUGACACAAACAACCGUUUUGUGAACAAAACUAUAAUACUCUCUUUAGCAACUUUGUUGCGAGAGUAUAAAAAUAAAUACUCAGUCAAGCUAAAGCUAUUAGAUAAAAUGUACACAAUUCUUGGAAUUUUGUACACAAGAAUUGUUUACAUUUUAUGUAUUAUAUUAAAUAUUUUAAUAUUUUCUGACACGUUUUUGUUUGAGGCAAGAGAAUAUAGUACAUAUUUUUGAGAAUUCAAAUAUAAAUACCGAUGCAUUUCUAUCCGAGUGAUUAGUCCAAAAAAUCCAUUCGAGAUGGUAUCUUCAUAUAUAAAAAUUAACGCUGCGCUGUUGGUGAUCUGCUUGAGCACCGCCUCGACAUAUAUUUUGAACGAGGAGUCCAAUACUAGGCCGCUACCUGCCAACUGUGCUGAGGCAGUGUGCUCCGCGGGUGCAGAGGCCAAAAGUGGCAUCUAUCAAAUACGUUUACCGUUAGAUGGUUGGACGCAUCGACCCUUCUACGUUUACUGCUUACUCGAUGGCAACGGCGGUGAUCCCUGGUUGUUGGUGCAGCGUAGAGAGGACGCCAGCAUCGACUUCAAUCGCAAUUGGAAUGAUUACAAGCAUGGCUUCGGAAAUUUAAACACAAAUUUCUUCAUUGGCUUGGACAAACUGCAUGCGCUCACCCAAGUACAACUCAAUGAGCUACAAAUCGAAUUGCAUGAUUUCAACGAUGACGUUAGGUACGCCCACUACGAUAGUUUCGCGGUGGGCGAUGAAAGCCAAAAAUAUGAAUUGAAUAUUUUGGGAAACUAUUCUGGGAAUGCAGGCGAUUCCUUGCUCGGUUACCACGAUGGGGAAAAGUUCAGUACAUAUGAUCAGGAUAAUGACAAUUGGAGUUCGAAUUGUGCGGAGAAGUACAAAGGGGGCUGGUGGUACAACAGCUGUCUCUUCAGUAACCUAAAUGGUGAGUAUCUUAAAGGCAAGCAAGAAAGAUAUAAUGUAGGCAUCGACUGGGAAAAAUGGCACGGCAACAAUUAUUCGUUGAAAUACGCGCACAUGGAAAUUAGACCAAGAGAUAGUGCGGCAAUACGGGCACAAAGAUGUUGAGUUGAUAAAUGAAGACUGCUAGCAAAGUCGUAAUAUAUUUCCUUGCACAUUCAACAUUCAACACCAAUGAAAUUAUUAUACACAUGCCUAUUUGUGUUUGCCUGAAAGAGGCAUGUUCUUUCGAGAAUUAGUUGGUUUUGUAACAGAUCCCCCAUUGUUCUAGAAAUAAAUCAGGAAAUCAAAUGCAAAUUCAUGUUUCACUUUCGAACUAUUCGUUGAUGGUGCAUAUCUUUCCCUCCCUCUUUUACGAAUUCUUUUUUAAGUUUGUACUUUUUAUGAUUUUUAUACUCUCCCAAAGCACAGAGUAUAAUAGUUCUAGGCUGUUUGAAACACCUAAAACUACGAAAAGAGUUGAAUUUGGGAUAUCAAAGACGAAUAAGAUCGACUUAUUUCGAAAUGGGAAAUAUUUCUGUACUCAUAUCAUAUUUUUUUAAGACAACUACAAAGUAGAAAAAAUACUUCAAACCAAUUGUCAAACCCUAAAGGGCGAUCGCUUUACAAACAUACGAGAAAGCGCUGAAGGAGCCAAAUGCUAUUCCAACAAAUAAGAAAGGUUGUAACCGAACAUUUUAUACUCUCGCAAAUUGUCUGAUGAAAUUUCAUUAAGAUAACACACAAUUCGACACAUAUAUUCGGCAAAAUGUCCAAUAGAAUAACGAAAAUCAUUAUAAAUAGUAUAAGAGACCUGAGGUAAUUCCUGAACCGAUUUCACUCAUUUUCACCGCCAAGGUACACUAUAUCCAAGACUAUACGCUCAAUUAAUUUAGGCUAGGAUAUUUCACAUAUUAACCGCUUUAUAAGGUAUAAAGCAACUGUAUUUUUGAAAAAAAAAAAACAAUAAUUAGGUAUAUGGCAGAUAAGGGAAGUAUGACCCGAUUUUAACCAUUUUUGGUACGAAAACACACUAUUAGAAGAAACACAUCUUCUUUGAAUUUCUUUUGAAUGUCUGAGAGAUUUACUGAUAUUUUCUGUGAAAAAUUACCAUAAGGCACUGAGUUCUUCAUAUUCGAUAUCCCGGGCAUUGAAAAGUUAUGGUCCGUUUUCGACAAUUUUUUCACAAGUGAAGCCAGAGAGAGAUUAUAUGCUCUAUUUGUGUAAACUUUUAUUCCGCUAUCUCCUUUGGUUCCUUAUGUAUAUAUUAAAAAGUAGUCGUGGUUGCGGACCGAUUUCGCCCAUUUUCAACAAGGAAAAUGUAUAUACCAUGUGUAUCAAGAUAUCUUAAUUUUUACUCAAGUUAUCGCUUGCUCAGACGGACGGACGGACGGACAGACAGACAUUCGGAUUUCAACUCCACUCGUCACCCUGAUCACUUUGGUAUAUAUAACCCUAUAUCUGACUCUUUUAGUUUUAGGUGUCAAAACUAUUAUACGCUCUUAGAAACUUUGUUGUUAAAAAUAUAUAGAUUAAAAAAAAAAAACAUAAAAAGGCAAGAAAAAAAUAAUACAACUCUAAAACCUAGUUCAAUAAGAAAACUGAGCAAUAAAUAAUAACAAAAAAAAUAAAUAAAAAUAAACUAAAAAUAAAAAAAUACCCAUAAAAACACGCCUAAAACUAAUGAUUAAAAACCGACAGUACAAUUAAGAAAAACAAACAAAAAGUAUAGUAAGUAGACCGUAAUCGGACAAUUACAAGUACGCAAUUAAAU